CGACGAACUGCUCCGCUCACCUUGACCUUUACGUCGUUCUCCUCAAACUCCUUUCUCGAACUUCCAUAGUACCACGCGAAUAUGCAAUCAAUCAACAGAUUCCUGUACGGCCCAACUCCUGAGGAAAGAAUACGCGCUUGGCAGACCAAGCUGCGCGCAGAACAGCGGCAGUUAGAUCGGGAGAUGAGGCAGCUGGACACGGCAGCAAGCAAAGCGCGGACGACAGUAAAGCAACUUGCAGCGAAGGGCGAUGUCAAAUCGGCGCGAAUACUUGCGCGUGAAGUCGUUCGGAGUGACAAGCAGAAGGACCGGCUGUCCGUAAGCAAAGCAAGAUUGGGGUCGAUAUCGAACCAGCUGUCCCAACAGCUUGCUAUGGCGAAGGUCACCGGAUCCCUGCAGAAGUCUACUGAGAUCAUGAAGCUCUCGAAUCAACUUAUUAGACUCCCUCAAAUUAGUCAGACAAUGCGUGAGAUGAGUAGAGAGAUGACAACCGCCGGAGUCCUAGAAGAGAUGAUGGAUGAUACCCUUGCGAUGGAGGAAGACGAAGAAGUCGAGGAAGAGGCUGACGCCGAGGUUGACAAGGUCCUGUUUGAUCUCACUAACGGCAAGCUGGGCCAGGCUGGCACGAUACAGAAUGCAGAACCGACCGUCGAAGACAAGCUGGAGGACGAAGAAACGGAAAGGGUCAUGGAGCAGUACAGGCAACAACUCAGCGGACUACUCAGCUGAUUCGGCCGUCUGCUGUCUCAAUGUGUUAUACGCCCAGUCGAGACAUGUGUAUAGUACUGCUUGUCAUUUCCCAUUACUCAUCUACCUGCGAGUCUUCUUGGACUGCUUCUCACAGUUUGAGAUUA